AUGGCAAGAUACCAAGAGCCUCUCGAUGGCCCGGUCGACCCAUCAUACUACGAAGAAAAGCCUACCGGGCUCUUGACACGCUUCGUUCCCGAGCGUCUGCGACACACAGCCUUCUACCGAAUUCUGCUGCGCCUGACCCGCGUCUUGCAAUUCAUCUCCGCCGUGGUUUCUCUUGGCCUCUUCUCUCAGCGUCUCUACAAGGUCUAUCGUCUUGUCAAUUCUAUCAAGACCCGCCGCGGUGUGAGCGGUUCCUUUGGCGCCGUAGAAGGCAUUCUCGCUGCCGCCGUCCUGUACACACUUAUCACCACAAUCAUGACGCUGAUCAAGAAGUCUGCCAACCCCGGACCCAAGUGGCUGCGCUGGCUGUGGGUGCUCCUCGAUCUUGCCUUCGUCGGUGCGUUCAUCGCCGUUUCUGUCCUCACGCGACCAAGUGGUGGAGCUGCGGGACCAAGGCAUUGCUACACUGACCGCAACGCCAACAAUGCUGCCAACAUUGCGCAAGGACAGACUGCAAACACUCAGGAUAGCACUUGUGAUUUGCCUUGGGGAACAUUCAUUCUGGCGAUCAUCAGCACAUUGCUCCACGCCCUCACAGCCGCCUUCCAUGAGAUCAAGGACCACCACCGCAAGACGAAGCUUGCGAGGACCGAGGAGAAGGCUGUUCACGAGCAGUACGCUUCUGGCAAUGGACUUGCGGAGCGUGCCUAA